AUGGUGAACGGAGUGAGGGAUUCCAAAACUGAGUGCGUCGUGGUAUGGACAGCGGAACAAGGCAACACCUCCAGCCUCACUAUCCAAUCUGCUGCUUUUAAGAAACACCAGCUGGUGGAGCCCUUCAAGAACCUCCAGGAGAACAUCUGCUCUCAACAUGAUGAGUUGAUCUGUUCUCUGUGUUCCUUGGAUGAACAUAAAGGUCAUGAAACCGUCUCAGCAGCAGCAGAAAGGAAGAAGAAGCAGAAGAAGUUGGAGGUGAGUCGACUGAGGUCCAGCAGAGAAUCCAGGACAGACAGGAAAGACGUGGAGCUGCUUCAACAGGAGCUGGAGGCCAUCAGAGUCUCUGCUGAUAAAACAGUGGAGGACAGUCAGGAGAUGUUCACCCAGAUAGAUCCAUCUCCUCCAAACAGACGGCGAGAUGUGGAGCAGGCAGAUCAGAUCCCAGCAGAAGACGGAAGAGAGGACGAUGGAUGUUCUCUGUCAGAACCAGAACCAGAGACCAGAGAUGGAUUCUUAAAGUAUUCAAGAGAAAUCACUCUGGAUCCAAACACAGCACACAGAGAGCUGUUAUUAUCUGAAGGGAACAGAAAAGUAACAAGAAUGGAAGAAGACCAACGUUAUCCUGAUCAUCCAGACAGAUUCAGUUUUUUGGCCUCAGUUCUGAGUAAAGAGAGUCUGACUGGACGUUGUUACUGGGAGGUGGAGUUGAGAGGAGGAGGAGUUUGUGUAUCAGUCGCAAAGAAGAAUAUCAGCAGAAAAGGAGACUCAUAUGAAUUUGUAUUUGGAAGAAAUGACAAAUCUUGGUCUUUAGAUUGUGACACCAACAGUUAUAAAUUUUGGUACAACAGAAUCCAAACUCCCGUCUCUGGUCCUCAGUCCUCCAGAAUCGGAGUCUAUCUGGAUCACAGAGCAGGUAUUCUGUCUUUCUACAGCGUCUCUGAAACCAUGACUCUCCUCCACAGAGUCCAGACCACAUUCACUGAGCCCAUACAUGCUGGAGUUUAUGUUUAUACUGGAACCACUGCAGAGUUCCUUAAGUCAAAUAGAGUAAUUCCAGAGUCUGAGGGUCGGUUCAUGUUCAGCCCUGAUUUAAAUUGACGACACAUGACCGUUCAAAACUCUGGAUCACUGAGAAAUGUCCUGAUUUUAGACAGAAAAGAAGUUUUUGUUUCAACUUUAACUCAUUUAGAUCAACUUUAACUCAUUUAGACCAACUUUAACUCAUUUAGAUCAAUUUCAACUCAUUUAGAACAACUUUAACUCGUUUAGAACAACUUUAACUCAUUUAGAACAACUUUAACUCAUUUAGAACAACUGGGGGUGUUUCUGAGUUCCAUCCAUUCCCUCCUGCUACAUAUUUAGGUCACGUGAUCCGGUAUUCGUACAUAACGUCCACAUGCAUGACACACGCCUGUGCUCAGCUCAAGGUCAUUGUGCUUGUGGGUUCAUCUGUAUUAAAUGGACACAUUCUAUGUUGCUGUGAUUUCUGAUUUGGCCUGCACGGUUCAGGAAAAAAUAUGAACCUCGAUUUUUUAGCUUUGAAUGGAAAUCACGAUUUUCUUCCACGAUUUUUUUUCCACAAAAUGAAAUGUUUAUUAUACAUCAUGAAUGAAAAAAAAUCACCUUACCGUGGCUACAGUAAUGGAAGUCAUCUCUUCA